GCCACCAAGAUGUGGAACUUUAGUCUAGAAGACUACCGACAGCUAAUGGAGGAAGCAGCUGCCAUUCCUUCGGUGUCUUUGAGACCUUUGGAGGGAAUGGAAGCGGUGGACGUGACGGAGGCCACCAGCCGAGCUCGGGACGGCACGGCCCUGGCAGCGCUGCUCAAGUUAUGUAAUGGCUGGCAGAAGCCCGGAGCCACUUUGCAGGGCCAGUGCAUUCUGGUGUCCCAGACAAAGUUUGAGGUGGACAUUGGCUACCAUGUUGAUGUCAUUGCAGCAUUCAAGCAAAUGCCAACAAAGAACUACGACAUGAAAACAAGAAAGUGGAAUUUUUCACUCGAGGACUAUAAGAGACUCAUGGAUCUCCUCAGUGGGAUAGCAGCAGUGGAGGUGGAGCCUCUUCCCAGGGCAAUAAUCCAGGCUUUCUCUGCCAGGUUUGAUGGGACUGAAGCCAGGAUUUUAAACGUCCCUGAGGCAGACCUCUCUAGCAUCGACCCCUCUCUCACCCGAAGCCUCAUGCCCUUCCAGAGGGAGGGAGUCAACUUUGCAGUGUCUAAACAGGGCCGCCUCCUCCUGGCUGAUGACAUGGGCCUGGGAAAGACUAUUCAGGCCAUCUGUAUAGCAGCUUAUUACAAAAAGGAGUGGCCUUUGUUGGUGGUGACUCCGUCCUCUGUACGAUUCACCUGGGCUGAG